CGGCCCGGCUCAGCCAUGAUCAAGGUGAUCCUCAUCUUUACCAACCACGGGAAGCCGCGGCUCUCCAAGUUCUACCAGCCCUACAGUGAAGAUACACAACAGCAAAUCAUCAGGGAGACAUUCCAUUUGGUAUCUAAGAGAGAUGAAAAUGUUUGUAAUUUCCUAGAAGGAGGAUUAUUAAUUGGAGGAUCUGACAACAAACUGAUUUAUAGACAUUAUGCAACAUUAUAUUUUGUCUUCUGUGUGGAUUCUUCAGAAAGUGAACUUGGCAUUUUAGAUCUAAUUCAAGUAUUUGUGGAAACUUUAGACAAGUGUUUUGAAAACGUCUGUGAACUGGAUUUAAUUUUCCAUGUAGAUAAGGUUCACAAUAUUCUUGCAGAAAUGGUGAUGGGGGGAAUGGUACUGGAGACCAACAUGAAUGAGAUUGUUACACAAAUUGAUGCACAAAAUAAACUGGAGAAGUCUGAGGCUGGCUUAGCAGGAGCUCCAGCCCGUGCUGUAUCAGCUGUAAAGAAUAUGAAUCUUCCUGAGAUCCCAAGAAAUAUUAACAUUGGUGACAUCAGUAUAAAAGUGCCAAACCUGCCCUCUUUUAAAUAA